AUGGAAGUGUUUCCAAAAGCAGAACUAAACGUAAGUGUGCCACCCACUUAUAGUUCCUCUAGAGGGCGGUUUUCUAGGCUAGGGGUUGGGGUGAGCAAAGAAGGUGUGGCUUAAUCUCUUAAAAAGUUGACUAGAAGUCAUGAUUGCUUGCCGACAGAAAACACUUCCUCGAUAAUGCAACGAUGUUGAUACUAUGUGCACAGGAAGUCAACUGCUGUCGAGGUAAUUGGCAGUUUCGCUUCAAAGUACAAUUAUCUGGGUAGAAUUAAUUUCUUGCAUUCGUCUUUUAAAAGGCAUCUCGUUGAAAAAUAAGCUUCGUGGUGGGACAUCUUAAGGCUCUGAGAACAUGUUAAAUUUUUCAAAAAUUUUGGAUCCCUUCGGCAGUUACACGCGCGUAUAAGGUUUCAAAAGUACAUGCUGCAUACUUCUUGAGUAAAAAAUUCAUAAAAUUCUCUUGCCUAUGGUAAAGACGUUAGAUUGGGAUCUUAGAAUCUUACAGUGAAUAUGGACUAUGUUGUAUGCUGCUAAGGUUAACUGACAGACGGAGGGACAAGGUGCCCUAUUCGUAGGUAUUUCAUGGCUUUAAAAGUCUCAUAAUAGGAGACUUUAUCAAGUUGAAAAUAAUGUUUUAUUUAGGCACGUCGUUUUGAAAGGACAUAAUUGGUUGCUAAAUGGCUCUACAGAUGAACGUAUUUGUGCAUAAUUACCAUAGAAGAAAUUUGAAUUUAUAAGGCCACCGAAAAUCAAUCGGGAAAUUCAUAUUGCUUAAGUAGUCAUUUACAGCCGAGUGUGGUUUUCGAAGAUAGCUUUGAAAAGCUACCUUAAAAGCCAUCAUCUUAGUGCGAGAGUAAUAUCGUGGGACUUUGCUGAACGAUAAUCAAUAUUAUAACCCUGCCUGCGUAUUUCACACUAAUCUAAAACGCAUUUCACGAAAUAGGCCAGCUACUGUUAUUAGAUAAUUGGUAAUUUUUCCAACUGAAAGUCCAACGCCUUAAUUAAACUAUAAAACCCCUUUAGAUCUACCAGAAUGGCAAAAUUGGAUGCAGCUCAUCUAAGACAAUUUCAUUUUUAUUCACUCCUGCGGACAACGGUUGGCAGAUUUCCCAACGGAAUACUCCCAAGGCUCCUGCCUGCUUAACCACUAUCUGCGAACCAGAUGCAUCCAAGAUUACUGUUGUGCCUUUGAAGAUCCUCUUUAUCCUAAAGAGGAGAAUGGGAGGAUAAUCGCUUCUGCGCGAACAGUUAAGGACCAUGGAAAAGACGAAUAAACGAAAAACUUUACGCAUAAACAAAAAUCUGUCCAUAUUUUGGGACAGAUGCCUUCAACAGUGACUAGCAUAUCUGAAAUCGAGGACGUAUUAUUGCGGUUUAAUGCUUGCAACUGAGUUGCCUCCGGCAAAUUUAUGUGUGGUGGCUGUCCAGUUCACUAGCCGAAUCUGUGCGAAUGUGAGCGCUAGAAGGCUUUUUUAUAGGUCGAGGGUUUUGCGGUGGCCUCACUGUAUCUUCGGCCUUUCGCCUUUCCUCUCUUCCCUUCCCCCCUCAUUGCGAACUCAGCCGUCUCUGCUUGCGUCAUCCGUGUGGUUCUCGAAUUCCUCUCUUUCCCCCCCCCCUAUUGCAUCCCCUCCUUCUCUUCUUCCUCCUCCCUUAGCUCCUCCUCCUUGUCGUCGUUCCUCCACUUUUCCUCCUCCCUCUCCUAAACGUCAUCCUCCCCCUCGACCUGCCUAUCCUCCCUUUCUGUCGCCUCCUUUUUCUCUUCCUCUUCCUCCUCCUCCUCCUCCUCCUCCUCCUCCUCCUCCUCCUCCUCCUCCUUGUCCCUCUCCUCAUCUUCCUUAUUUUUGUCCUGCUCCCCAGUUCCUGCUCCUGCUCCUCCUACUCCCCUUUCUCUUUACCUUCUCGUCCUCCAAUCCUAACGUAA